GCACUCUCACCUUCGCCCAAAAUCUCUCGCGAGUCGCCACAUUGCUAAACCUGCGACUACGAAACCAACAAUCUCUCUUUCGGCUUCUCACUGUUGGAUAUUGGGCAUACUCAGAACAACUAUAGGACUCCGUCCUAGCACGCGCCCGUCAGAUUCACUUCCACGUUCAGCCACCUACGAGCAGCCGCACUCAGCCGCCUUGCAUCUUCUCAACACAUCCCGCGUAACGUGUCGAUCUCUUUGAAUCAAACAAAAACAGCACACACAAACUUCCCUAGCAAUGGCGGACAUCGAUGAUGAACUCCUUGCUCUUGCAGGAGAUGCUUCCUCUGACGAGGAUGAUGCGCCCAUGAACACCAGCAGAAAAGAUUCGGCAUCACCAGACCAUAAGGCUGGGGGUAAAGCCAGCGGGAAAAAGUCUGGUGGUAGCAAAAGCAGAAGACACGAUGAUUCCGAGGAAGAGGGUGAAGCCUCAUCCAGACAUUCAUCUCCCGACUCCCUACGAUCCGCACCUAUGGACGAGUCAGACUCUGAACUUGAUGCGCCUGGCAUGUACGAUGAUGGCGACAGGUAUCCGCUAGAGGGCAAGUUCGUGGACGAGGCCGACAAGGCAGAAAUCAUGGCAAUGCCUGAGAUAAAGCGUGAGGAGCUUCUUGCCGAGCGUGCUCAGGAGGUCGAGCGGGACAGGCAAAACCGCGCUCUCCGACAACUUUUGAACGCUAGAGAGGCCGAGAGCAAGAAGCAGGACAAGAAGCGCAAAGCAGGGACUGCAGAUUUAGAUGAGAACCAGCGCAAGACAUCUCGCCAGAGGACAAAGCUAGGCGGUGGCAAAGUCGGCGAAUCCAGCACAGGAAUCGACAGCCUCAAGCGUGCACGAGCUGAAAAGAAUGAUCGCCAGCGCCGCCGUGAUGAAGACAAGGAGCGCAACAAGGAUAGACGGUCACAUCAUGAAGAAUACUCUGAUGUAGAUGCUGAUGGGGAGAGCGAGGUAGAAUGGGAUGAUGGAAGGUCGAAGAAUAAGAAAUCACAAUCACCCGACUACCGUGAUGCAGAGCCGGCAGGGCUUCAUGAUAUUGAAAGGGUUAGAGUUGGUAGAAGCCGGUUCGCCAUGGUCUGCUUCUAUCCCGGCUUUGAUGAGGCAAUCACCGGCUGCUUUGUUCGGAUCAGUGUUGGGAUUGACAAGGAAACCAACCAAAACAUCUAUCGCAUGGCCGUCAUUAAAGGCUUUGUUGAAGAUAGACCAUAUGCCAUUGAGACGGCCAAUGGGAAGCACUUCAAGACCACACAAUACAUACGAGCGGCCCACGGCAAAGCAGAGAGGAACUGGCCAUUCAUUACUUGCUCUGAUUCUCCCUUCACCGAGGCUGAGUGGAAUCGGUACAGGCAGACUUGUCUUGCAGAAGGCGUUCCUUUGCCCACGAGACCAAAGCUGGCGGCAAAAAUCACUGAUAUCAAUAACCUUGUCAAUCGCUCGUGGACUGAGGCUGAAUUGCAAGAGAAGCUUACAAAGUCGGGCGCAUUGGUCAACAAGUUUAUUCCAAUUGAGCGUAAUCGCCUGAACAAUCUCAUCAAGGAGGCAAAAGCCCGCGGUGAUGAAGCACAGGUGGAGGCUCUCCGGAAGGAGCUAGAAGCAUUAGAUGGGCCAAAAUUGGCAUAUAGCACUUCGAUGCAGUCACCAAAGAAGAGCGCAACUCCAACUGGAAUGAGUCAGCAAGAACGGUUGGCCCUUCUUAACAGGCAGAAUCGCCGCAAGAACGCCGAGGAGGUUCGUCAGGCUCAGAUCAAUGAGAGAAGGGCGGCUAAGCUUGCUGAGGCUGCGAUUGCUCGCGGUGAAGUGGUCGUAGAAGAUCACUCUCGACGCGUUAAGACUCGUGCCAAGUUUAAGCACGAUGUCUCCGAGGGAUUCGGUGCCAAGAAGGCCGAUAGUGAGGGAAGCGGAACAAGCACUCCCGCUGCCGGUACUCCAAACCUAUCGGCGAAGAAGCCCAGCACGCCACUUCCCCACAUUGCCAAGUUACAAGCUUCUAAUGGCGACAAAAAGGGGUUACCAACUAUCCGCCGCCCUUUGAUGGAUGACGAUAUCAUUGGUGCCAUUGACCUUGGAAUUGACAUUGAGCUUUAAGGAGGGUGAGUCCUCUAAGCGUAGAGAUUCUAGGAUGGUUUUGGGGGGUUUCUUUGUGCGGCGUUGCGGUGAGAUCAAUGGAUCGAUGGGCUUGGAUCAGGAGCAUGUGCCUUAUUAGAGAGAAGGAACCAAAUUGCGGUCGUUAGCAAUGCCGGAGGGCCCACUCAAUGGAUGAAUGUUGUUACAGUAUAAUAGUUACAUAGACCAAAAUACAAUGGCUGGCAUG